AUGUUAUCUUUCUUCCAAGGGAAGCUGGUGCGGAAUGGGAUGGAUAAGAAAGCAGCGAUCUGCAUUGAGGGGAACAUCGCCAGCGGGAAGACUACAUGUCUGAAGUAUUUCAGCAAAACCAGCAAUAUAGAGGUCCUCACAGAACCGGUAUCUAAAUGGAGAGAUGUCCGUGGACACAACCCUCUGGCUCUGAUGUACCAGGAUCCAGAGCGCUGGGGCAUCACACUGCAGACGUAUGUUCAACUCACCAUGCUGGAUAGACACCUGUCAGCCGUGGCAGCUCCUGUCAGGAUGAUGGAGAGGUCCAUCUUCAGUGCCAAGUACAUCUUUGUGGAGAAUCUCUUCAGAAGCGGUAAAAUGCCAGAGGUGGACUACGCUGUUCUCAGCGAGUGGUUUGACUGGAUCACAACUAACAUUUCCAUUCCUGUAGAUCUGAUCGUCUACCUGCAGACGUCUCCUCAGACCUGCCAUGAGAGGUUGAAGCAGAGAUGCAGAGAGGAGGAGAAGGUCAUUCCAUUGGAGUAUCUGGAGUCCAUCCACCAGCUGUAUGAGGACUGGCUCAUCCAUCAGACCUCCUCCCCUCUUCCUGCUCCGGUUCUGGUGAUCCCUGCUGACCAUGACCUCCAGAAGAUGCUGCACCAGUAUGAAGAAAACCGUGACAAGAUCCUCACAGCUGGCUAUCUCUGAUACACACACACACACACACACACACACACACACACACAGAGAGAGAGAGCUCUAAGAUUUGGAUUUUAAUUUUUAGAAAUUUGACAUCUGGUUUCUCUACACAGGACAUCUUUGUACCCAACUACAGUUCAUAAGGACUAAUGCUCAUAUUGAAUAGCUUCUAAUUACCAGAGAUGUCUAUUAGAAGCCUUCUCACCUGGAGAGAGUGGAAACACUUCAGAAAUAGAACUAUUGGUGCCUUCAGAUGGGGUGGUGUUUACCGUGGUUACAAGUUGGACCCAUAUGAACGCCCUCUCAUGUUGUAUUCACGACCUCGGAGGUGGAAAAUUUCUGAAAUUUCCAGGUUCACGACUUGUGACGUGUUUAUUUAAUGUUGACAGAAAUGGAGGAAGUUAUUUUUUUGGUGCAUAAUAAGUUAAUAUAUUGUAAUUUUAGUCGUAUAUUGUUUUUCUUCGUAAUUUUAUAAUAUGUAAGAGGAGAAUAUUGAUAUUCUCAACGGCCUCAUCUUCUUCUUCUGUUAUUAGACCUCUGCAUUUACUGCAUUAUGUUAGCCACUUGCUAGCUUGCUAACUUGUUAGCCUCUGUGGAGUCCAGAUGCCGACAGUAACGUUAAUAUUGGCGUUGCUUAGCAGCGGCGUUCUCACCACUUAACCACUUGAACGCCACGCAUAUCGUGUUACACAACUUCCCAUGUUGUAAAGACGAGCUCACGUGUUUAACUCCAGACCAGGUCAGAGCUCCUCAAACUGAGGCUGAACUCAUUCAUUCUUCAUGUGUGCACUUAUUUAUUAGUUUGCUUCUUAUUUCACCGUUUAAUAUGAUGUGAUGAACUUGAAGUUUAUCCUCCGAACUUCCACGUUGCUGCCAGCCAGUUAUUGUCUGUGAUGAGUCCGAUCAUCACCAGGGGACCUCCGGUAGGCUACAUACCGUACGUCAGGAACCACCACCAUUCCACCUGCUACAGAUAAUACUGAAUAUUCAUAUAAUAUAAUGUGUAUAUGCAUUGUAAAUAUAUGUGUUGGACAUGAUGAAGACCAUGUAGGCUCCUUUUAAUGAAGGAACCUUUGUUCUUUGUUUUACAUAUUUUGACAUAUAAUAAGUAUAUUGUGAUUAUAAUCAUAUUCUGCUCUAUUGUGUUGGUCUGAUGUGUUAGUUGAGGGAGUUGGUAUAAAGGAAUCAAAUAUCA